AUGAUGAAAAUAACAAGGGAAAGGAAAAAAUAUCGAAUUAGUAAUCCAUACUGUGAGACGAAAAAACUAGCUGCUAAAGAAAAAACAAAAGAGCUAAAAAAGGAAAGAGGUGUAGAUGAGGUAGGAUUUGAGGAUAGCUGCAUUGAGAAAAACAGUGCUGCUGAAAAAUUUAUGCGAAUUUAUAAUCAGCAUUUAGAGCAUAAUGAAGACCUAGAGAAAUAUAAAAAAGAAAAGGAAAAUAUUCAGGAAAAGAAAAGAAAAACAGCUAACAGAAAGAAAAUAAAAAAGCUGAAUUUUAAAUUGAAAAAGAAUAAUCUUUUAGAAAAAUUAGUAAAAAAUAAGGCGUUUAUUAAAGCUAAUGAAACAGUGUUAGCAUCGGCCAAAAAAAGGAAUAAUAAGGAUCUUUCUUUUAUAAAUACACCAAGUAAUAGCAAGAAGUUUAAGGAACACUUUAACAAUUUAGAAAUUGAGGCUGAUAUGAAAAGUGUAGCAACAAAUAAUCCGAAAAAAAAAAAAAAAUAUAUUAAACAUAACAUAGAAACAAAAGAAGAUGUACUGAAGGAAUAUGACAAAAUAAUUUAUUCAAGUAAAUACUUGCAAAAUCCCCUUGAAUAUGCUAAAAAUAUUGUAGAAGACAGAAAAGAGAAACAAAAAAAAAAAAAAAAAAUUGCGCAUUUUGAAUAA